UAACUUUCUUCUCGUUAGUGUCCAUCGCCAUCAAACGUCAAUAUCAUAAGGCCAAAAUUAGAAAAAGAAUUAAAGGUAAAGGGAAGGGAGAGGAAACUAUCAAUUUAAGAGUCUUAUCCUUCUAUUUAAACUCGGCUUAUCCACCUUGACCCGAAGACGGACGAACCCCUCCUUUGGACGGGACGCCCACGGUGGGAGAGGAGAGAGAGAGAGAGAGGGUCAUGAGAGCAAAGACGUGAAAACGCUUGACCUCAUUCCCAACGGUGAAGCAUCCACCAGUCCAGCAUGACCGCAAGUCGUUCUGAGCCGGGGCCAUCAGCCCAACCAAAUUUGCGAGUCACGAUCAUCGCUGCCGACGGCCUGUAUAAACGGGAUGUGUUCCGUCUGCCCGAUCCUUUCGCCGUAGCCACGAUCAACGGCGAACAGACAAAGACUACAAUCGUCUCGAAACGAACCCUCAAUCCCUACUGGAACGAGAAUUUCGACUUUCGAGCAACCGAGGAUAGCAUCUUGGCAGUGCAGGUAUUUGACCAAAAGAAAUUCAAGAAGAAGGAUCAGGGUUUCUUGGGUGUUAUCAAUAUUCGCAUUGGGGAUGUUAUCGAGUUGGCGGAGGGUGCUGAUGACCAGAUGCUCACGAGGGACCUUAAGAAGUCCACAGACAAUCUUGUUGUUCACGGUAAAUUGAUCAUCAAUUUGUCUACUAACUUGUCUACCCCUGCCCGUCCUGCACAGCAACCUUCGCCUGCAAGCGUGAGCCGGCCGUCAUUAGUCCCCCAGACAUCUACAGCGAGCACCGAUCGCGCUUCGGAACGGCCAACUUCCUCGGCUUCGGGUCCUAACGGGCUCGCACCGGGAGCACAAAUGGCCUUGCCCGUCAGGCCGAACGGCGCAAGUGCGCCCUCUAUUAAUGGCAGUACUGCGGCGCAGGCUCGGCCGGCAAAUCAGAUGAGUCCUUUCGAAGAUGCCCAAGGCCGUUUACCUGCUGGCUGGGAGCGGCGUGAGGAUCACUUGGGGAGAACUUACUAUGUGGAUCAUAAUACGCGAACUACUAGUUGGAAUCGUCCAACUCAGACCGGAACAUCGGCAGAGAAUCGUGGCGAGAGGGAGGCGGCUACUCAGGUUGAACGCCAAAGGCAUCAGAACAGAACUCUACCGGAAGAUCGCACUGGUGCGAAUUCCCCCACGCUCUCACAGCAGUCACCGCCUCAGCCAUCCGGUGGUUCUCCAAAUAGUCCUGGCCAAGGAACCCUGAUGCACACCGGCGCUACCAGUCCUGGAACUGGCGAACUUCCUCCUGGGUGGGAGCAACGAUGGACUCCCGAAGGCCGGCCUUACUUUGUCGACCACAACACUCGAACUACGACCUGGGUCGAUCCUCGACGCCAGCAAUACAUUAGAAUGUAUGGCGGUCAAAAUAAUGCCAACGGAACGAUACAACAGCAACCAGUAUCUCAGUUGGGGCCUCUGCCUAGUGGUUGGGAAAUGCGAUUGACCAACACGGCUCGUGUAUACUUCGUGGAUCAUAAUACUAAGACAACGACUUGGGACGACCCCCGAUUACCUUCCUCCCUGGACCAGAAUGUACCACAGUACAAGCGAGAUUUCCGAAGGAAGUUGAUAUACUUCCGCUCACAACCCGCCAUGAGGAUACUCUCGGGGCAGUGUCACAUGAAGGUACGACGAUCACAUAUCUUCGAAGACUCAUUCGCGGAGAUCUCGCGCCAGUCUGCCACAGACUUGAAAAAGCGCUUAAUGAUAAAAUUCGACGGCGAAGACGGUCUGGAUUAUGGUGGUCUCUCCAGAGAAUUCUUUUUCCUUUUAUCGCACGAAAUGUUUAACCCAUUUUACUGUCUCUUCGAAUAUUCCGCGCACGAUAAUUAUACACUCCAGAUCAACCCACACUCCGGUAUCAACCCCGAGCAUUUGAAUUACUUUAAAUUCAUCGGUCGUGUGGUUGGUCUUGCUAUAUUCCACCGACGAUUCCUCGACGCCUUUUUCAUCGGCGCCCUUUACAAGAUGAUUUUGGGUAAGUCUGUGGUAUUAGCCGACAUGGAGGGUGUGGACGCGGAUUUCCAUCGAAGUUUGCAGUGGAUGCUGGAUAACGAUAUCUCGGGCGGUAUACUGGAGCAAACAUUCUCUACCGAAGAUGAGCGCUUUGGCGUUGUGACAGUUGAGGACCUUAUCCCUAACGGACGCAACAUCGAUGUUACCAACGAGAAUAAAAAGGAGUACGUAGAUCUUAUGGUGAAGUGGCGCAUCGAAAAGCGCAUCGCAGAGCAAUUCCAGGCCUUUAAGGAAGGUUUCCACGAGCUCAUCCCCCAGGACUUAAUCAACGUCUUCGACGAACGCGAAUUGGAAUUGUUAAUUGGCGGUAUUGCCGAUAUUGACGUAGAGGACUGGAAGAAGCAUACGGAUUACCGGGGUUACACUGAAAGCGACGAGGUCAUCCAAUUUUUCUGGCAAACAGUACGAAGCUGGGAUGGAGAGCAGAAGAGCAGACUUCUACAGUUCACAACGGGUACCUCGCGAAUCCCCGUCAACGGGUUCAAGGAUCUCCAAGGUAGCGAUGGUCCGAGGAGGUUUACAAUCGAAAAGGCGGGUGAAGUUGGCAAUUUGCCAAAGGCUCAUACUUGUUUCAACCGUCUAGAUUUGCCCCCGUACAAAUCAUUGGAGCACUUGCAGGGCAAAUUGACUACAGCAGUCGAAGAGACGAUGGGCUUUGGCCAGGAAUAGAAGGCUAUUUUGGCGUUUCUUCAUCGCUGUUGCUGUAUAUAGAACGACGACGAAUGAUGUGUUUCCCCUCGUGAACAGAACCUGAAAUAUGGAAGGAUUUUGCAUCUCCUUUUUUGUGCUUGCUUUGAACCCCCUUCAUCUGCCCCCCACCGACUUCUAGCGGGGGUUUCUCAGGGAAGACUAAUAGCACGUAUCCUUAUUUUUAUCUUUUGGGGGGUGGUUAUGUAUCUUAUUAUUAGGAAGAUAAAUGAAGAGAUAAAGGAACUCGGGGGCGGGUUUAACAUUCGUUAUAUUAUAUCGUGUAUUGGCGUAUUAUCAAGGGGGGCAAUAAUAACAGUAAAUUCGCGAUGCAA